AUGACACCACACAGGCAUAACUGGUCUCAAUCAUCACGGCACAAGAGGAUGCGUUCCGAGGGACCAGACACUGGCAGCGUGCCGGCUACACUGAAGAAACUCUGCAGCAACAACGGCGCCCCCGUGCCCGUGCUUCCCGCUUUGGCGGAAGUCAGCGACGAGGGCGGCCCCUGGCCUGGCAUCCCCGCUUUGGCGGCAAUCAGCAAUUUUGCUAACUAUCUGGCAUUCAGUCGCGACAACAGCCCUGGGCCAUCAGUACCAGCCUCCGAGGCCAAACACCUCCGAAUCCGACGUCACCUCAGCAACACCUGCACCCAACUCAUGGCACUCUAUACUAGCCAAGGAGCCAGCAGCGAGAAUAAUGCUGAAUCAGCAAGCACAUCUGACGAGUCAGAUGCGCGGCAACGCCUUACCAAGGAGAUAGAUCAGUAUGAGAAGGACAUUGCUGCGCGCAACCGGACCAUCGAACACCUCCUUGUGCGGCUGGCAAACUCGGAGCGUCACACGAAGGAGAGGGCCCGUUUCCUGGACGCCUCUUGCCAGCGCUCCGUCCAUCCUCGCCCGCCCGUCCACCUGCAAGGCGCGCAACACCGCCUCCACGUCCCACUCAUCGUCAACCCCAGCGUCAGGCAUCGCCGCCGCAUCCUCCUCGGUGACGGCGAGGGCGGCAACGGUCCUCUCGACAAAGAGAGCCUUGUGCACCUUGGUCGCCUGGACCUUCUUGCCGCCGCGGGCGCGGGGAUGCCUCGGUCUCUGGCGUCCCACGGAAGCAUCUAA